AUGUAACCAGGAAAAAGACUAGAGAAUUAAUAGAAGGAAUGAAAGAAUAUAUGGAACAGAUGGAUCGCGAACUCUUUAAUACAGAUGUAGGAUUAAGCUAUGAAAGAUUACCACCAAAUGAAACUGUAGAUGAAAAAGAGAUUAAAGAAGUCGGGGAUGGUGAAAUACCUACUGCUUCUGAUGAUAAGUAUCGUCCCGUUGAUGUUGAUUUAACAGUUUUAAAGAAUAUAUUGGAGUCAUACAAUAGUCAACAAGGAUUACCUGGACCUACAAGCAACUUAUUGUCUUCUAUGGGUGUUCAUCUUCCAGAUGAUAAAGAUACCAAGUAACUUUAUCAUAAUUUUGCUCAAUGAGUUUUUUAUAUAUUGUAUAAUAUUUUAUUUCAAUUUGCCUUCUAUAUUGUUCUGAUAUUAAAAUAAUUAAAUAUCCAUUUACCAGAAAAAUUAUUAAUGAAUCUACAAAAAUCUUUGUAAAAAAAUAAAUAAAUAUUUGAAAUAGAUUAAUCAAUUUCAAUGAUCAUUUUCUAAUAGAAUCUUAAUGUACAUGCAUGUUUUAACUAAGUGAUGAAAAAAUUAAAAAUAUUGUAUUCAAAAAUCAAAAAUGAAUAUAUUUGAAUGAAAUUAUAAACAGAAAUGGUAUUUUUUAAAGCAUAGAUUGAGAA